GGGUUACAUUCCUCAGCAGCUGGAGCACUCAGCCCUAAUCCUCUCUCCGGUUUAGCCAAUCAGCGGGAAUGACGAAAGAGGCUUGAACCCGGGGAAGCCUGUCAGGGCUACCAUGGAGAACCCUGUGGAAAGCCUCCACAAAGAAGCCACUUGCUCCAUCUGCCUGGAGUAUUUCCAAGAUCCCGUUUCCAUCCCCUGCGGGCACAGCUUCUGCAGGAGCUGCAUCACCCUGUGCUGGAAAGAACAGAACACGAAUUUCUCUUGCCCUCAAUGCCGAGAAACUGCCCUGCAGAGAAAUUUCAGGCCCAACCGGGAGCUGGGCAACGUGGUGGAAAUAGCCAAGCGGCUCAACCUGCAAGGCUUGAAAGGGGCCAGAGGGGAAAAGAUGUGCGAGAAGCACCAGGAGGCUCUGAAGCUGUUCUGCAGCGAGGAGGAGGACCUGGUGUGUUAUAUCUGCAGGGAGUCCCGAGCCCACAGAAGCCACGCUGUGUUUCCUGUUGAGGAGGCUGCUCAGGAGUAUAAGAAAGAAAUCCAGAACCGACUCCAGAGUGUGAAGGAAGAGAGAGAAAAACUUCUGGGAUUAAAAUUGACGGGAGAGCUUCGACAUCAGGAAUAUCUGAGGCAAACAGAAGCAGAGAGGCAGAAAAUUGUGUCCCAGUUUGAGCAACUGCACCACUUCCUGGAGGAACAGGAAGAGCUCCUGCUAGCUCAGCUGAAUGAACUGGAGAGGGAGAUCAACAAGCAUCAGAAGGAACAAGGCGCAGCAUUUUCAGAGGAAAUUGGCUCUCUUGAGGCCCUGAUCAGUGAAGUAGAAGAGAAGUGUGAACAGCCAGUUAGUGAAUUCCUGCAGGAUAUCAAAAACACCUUGGGCAGGUUUGAUAAGAAGCCUUUUCAGCUUCCUGAGGAAAUGCCGGUCAAGGUGGAAAAGAGAUUAGGUGAAUUCUCUGAGAGGAACGUUGCUCUUGCAGAAAUCCUGAACCACUUCAAAGAUACUCUGCCAUCAGAAAUGGGAACAGAAUGGGUCAACAUAACCCUGGAUCCAGAUACAGCAAAUCCCCAAGUUAUAAUAUCUAAGGACCGAAAAAGUGCCAGAUGGGAUGUCACCAGGACUGAUGUCACACCUAACCCUAAACGAUUUAAAUCCUCUUCCUGUGUGCUGGCUUCAGAAGGAUUCACUUCCGGGCGACAUUACUGGGAAGUCAAUGUGGAGGACGGAGGCAUCUGGGCUGUAGGGGUAGCCAGAGGGUCUGUGGGGAGAAAACUUGAGCUCAAGCUGACCCCAGAGGAAGGGAUCUGGGCCUUGCAAGGAGAUUUUGGUCAAUACCAGGCUCUCACUGCCCCUGUGACACCACUGUCUCUCAGCUGUAGUCCCAGGAAGAUAAGGGUGUCUCUGGACUAUGAGAGAGGGCAGGUCACCUUUUUAAAUGCUGACACAAAGGAUUCAGUCUUUACUUUUCCAUCAGUUUCAUUUGCUGGAGAGACAAUCUUCCCCUUUUUUAAAGUGCUGCUUUCCCAGCUGACACUCGAUGGCUGAGGGAUGCACCUGUUGGCAGUUCAGGCAGAUCAGUUAAUAUCUUUAACUGAUUUAUUAUACAGUCAUGAUGGGCAAAAAGGGAGGAUUAAACCCAGCCCUUUCAGUGCAUGCUUGUGAAGUGGGGUAAAGUGAGGGGCUGAAGUCUGUUUUACUGGUUGAGAAUUAAAGAGGUGGCAGUUAUUCCAGUAUUAAAACAGACAGAAGGGUGCAAUGUUAUAUAUAACAUAAAACUAAUAGGACCAUUUGCUGCCAGUGGCCUUUUGCCAAAUUUAAUCAACAUAAAGUUUUGCAUGUAAGAUGUCACAGACUUCUAUUUAUCUUCCCUCUGCCUGGUUACUAAACUCCUGACAAGAGCAACAAUCCUAGAUUCUAAAAAGUCUAAUAAUAAUAAUAAUAAUACUUUUUAUUUAUAUCCCGCCCUCCCCGCCGAGGCAGGCUCAGGGCGGCUCACAACACGUAAACACAAUGUACAGUAAAACCAUAUGCGAUAGUUACAAUUACAAUUAUAAAAUCAUCCUUAAAACAAUAAAACAACUUGUAUUAAAAUUAA